AUGGCAAAUGCUGUAUCAUUUUCUAUAAAGCAAUUUUCUAAUUACUGUUCUAGCGAAAGCACAACUUUGAGUUUGUUUGUUGAUGCUUACGUAACACAUAAGAAAAGCCUUAUAUGCUAUAGAAGGCACCAUCACUCUUGCACUUUCAUAGAGCUGUGCAUGGUUGGCUUAUGUUGGGGUAGUAGUAUAGCGAGUGCUCCCCUAUAGAUCUUUAAGAAAAAUGCCUUUCAAAAAAAAAACUUAGUUUAAAAUUCCAAAAAAAGCUAAAAAGUCAAAUUCAUUUUAAAAAUUUCAUUAUAUACAUCCUAUUUGUCAAUUCUAAAAUUGACUUUCCAGAUUUUUCUUUAAUUUAAAAUUAUUUAAAAGUAAUUGUCCUGAGAUCUAAAGUGAGGCUUGUGCUAUAACACAAAGAAAUGGUCCUCUGUGCUAAUUGUAUCUCCGUCUCUUUCACACUUGCUUAUAGCUCGUGCUAUAAAUACAUUUGCAAGCAAAAUCCGCUUAAAAAGAGAAGAAUAUAAUAGGCUCUUCUUAAUUAUUAUCCACUAA